CUCACUCCUUGCGUCACGUGGUAAGCCUCUGACUGGGUGGUGGGCGUGUCUUCAACAGUGGGGUUUCAUUCAUAAAUACUUUUAGCUUUAAAAAAGCCACAUUAAAGUGUUCACAGAAGAGUGUCGUUGUAUUGGCUUCUUCCUCCCGUUCUUCCUCUCUCGCCCCUCCACCUCCUGCCUGGACCGGGCUGGUUGAGUAGUCAUGCAGCACUGCCGUCCUGACGCUCCUCGGACAGUGGGCCAGCCCUGAGGGGGAACACCGCUGCUCUGGGUUCAGUCGGAGGAUGCAGCAAGGGAGCUGAGGAGGAGACUCCCGAGCCGAGCCACAGCCUGACACGCACAAACACGCCGGCACACACACACACACACACAUCCAGAGCUGCUGCUGCUGCGCACUGCCCUCCAUCAGGGGGGACUCUCUAGUUGGCCUGGACCAUGAGCAAUGAGUCUACCGUCUGGACCAUCCCACCAGAAAACUCCACAGAGAUCCCAGUUGAGGCCAAGGAGCAGCAGGAUGGUUAUGUGAUCCUCUUAGUGAUCCUGUCCAUCUUCCUGGUAGGAACGUUGAUCUCCGUCUCCGUCUUCCUCAUCACCUUCCGUCGCUGCUGUCGCGGAGGGAAAUUCUGUGCCAGGGCCAGCGAUGACCCUGAGAAAACCAACACCACCUACGUGGAGGAGUCUCAGCCCACCCAUGAAAUCACCAUCCGGGUGGAUGAGUCAGAGUGCCUGUCUAUGGCCAGCUCUCACGACCAAGAGACUGAGCGCUUCCUCUCCACGGGCACCACCGGCCGUCGUGUCUCCUUCAAUGAGGCUGCCCUCUUCGAUCACGGCAAGAAGGCCCAGGAGAAGGGCCGCAGGUACACUCUGACCGAGGGCGACUUCCACCACCUGAAGAACGCCCGCCUCACACACCUCCACAUCACUCCCCCGGCACUCAAGAUCGUCACCAUCCACGAGUGUGAGUCGGCCGAGAACAGCAUCACCAUGACGACGCACCCUGUCGCUAAGUCAGCGCUUUCCAUCUUCCAGCCAAUGCUCUGCCCCCUACCACAAACAGCGCUGACCAGCUUGAGUGUCAAUCCCAGCUGUGCCCUCCCUGGAGACGCUCUCAACUCGGUGGUGGACACCAGCUUCAGUGAGAAAACGACUGCUCUCAACACCAAAGAGCCGAGCUCUAUCGAGAUGAUGGCAGCGGGGCCCCGGGGCAGAGGCAGCAGUGUCAGUGUUGGAGGAGGGGCCUCGAUGGGGAGCGGUGCCCCUCCUGCUGGCAUUGGCGCAGGGAGCCAGGGGCCCAUGCUGCAGUUCUUCACAAAACUGCGGCGCCACGCUAGUCUGGAGGGGGCCAGCCCCUACUUCAAGAUCAAGAAAUGGAAGCUGGACAGCAGCCAGAGAGCCUCGAGUCUGGACACCAGAGGCUCUCCGAAGAGGAGACAGUUCCAGCGCCAGCGAGCCGCCAGCGAGAGCAUGGACCAGGACGACAACGAUGCGCACCACAUAGACCUCAUCCAGUACAUUGCCCGCACCCAGGACGUCGCCUACCGUCCCAGCCAGCCCACCUCACGCCUCCUCUCACCUCCCUCCACACCACCCCCCUCCCUCGGCAGGGUAGAGGUAGAGGUGAUGGUGGAGCCCCGCUGCAGCCAUGGAGGACCAGGGGUGAUUGGUCUUUCCCCUGAUCCCCAAGACGAAGCACCCUCCCUGGCACGAAGGGAAGGUGUGGACCCAUUGGACACCCAAGAUUUCCAGGACCCCCAGUCACUUUACAAAGACAUCUGGACCCUUCGUGCAUCACUUGAACAGUACGCAGCCUCUGACCAGAGCAGCAACAACGACAGGAACUCUGUCUGCAGUGAUGCGGACAGCGUGUGUUCGCUGGGUGGACGCACGGAAACAGAAAGAGGAGGGCUGCCCAGCUACCCAUCCCAGGAUUUGGGGGAUGAGGCAGAGGGUGGAGAGGACGACAAGGACAUUUUCAUGUACAUGGAUGAGAGGUCGGGGAUGAAGGAGGUAAGAAAGAGGAAGCAGGAGAGCACAGAAUCAGAGCGAGGGGGCAGCGACGGAGAAACGGGGACUCGCAAAUUGCUGCAGAUGGACAGCGGCUACGCAUCGAUAGAGGCUCCAUCUCGUGGUCCAGAAGAGCUGCGACUGUUUGGAAGCAUCAGUGGCAGCCCUGACAGAACGGCUCAUGAGAAAAGGCACCACUUCACCAAUGCAGGGCGAACCGGCACAAUCGGCGAGAGCUUUGAGUCUCAUCUUUUCGAGGAAGAGCCGGAGGACGACUUGUUGUUGGGUGCCAGUGGAGGAGUUUCCAUUAAAGCAGGUGCUGGUUCGCUGAGUUGGUUCCCAUACGGUCAGAUGCUCACACCUCGAGAGGCUGCACAGCCUCCGCCUCAACCACCAAUGCUGCACCGGCGAGACUACAGCAUAGAUGAGAAGACGGACGCCCUCUUCCAUGAGUAUCUCCGCCACGACCCUCAGUUUGACCAGCAGGAGUCGCCGCUAAGGAAGCACCGGUCCCGAAUCCACCUCCGCAAGCAGUGGCAGCGCCACAAGCAGUGGAGCGACCCUGGUGUGAGACACUUCCAAUCCUCAUUUGACAGACAGCGGACCCCUCUACGCAGGGGUGAAAGUGUGAACUACCCACUGGACACAAGCUACCACAGCACGCUUCCCCGCAUCGUCAGUGCUCCCGAUGAGGAGACCAGUGACGGGACUGGCAGCACACCGGACACUCCAAAGGCGACCACUGAGAAUGGGGGCAAGGACAGGGAGCAGGGUGUCACUGCCGGAGAGCACACCUCCUCUUCCUCACCACCUCUUCAUCCGUCAGUCUCAGACAAAGAUGGAAGUGAGCACCACGACCCUCAGGAGGAAAGUAAACAAUCCGGACUCCCUCCUGAGCCCCUGGACGAGCGCUCACCCUCUCAGCUGCCCGACUCCUCAGGCUACGGCCCGCAGACCAUCACAGCCGAGCUCACCGACAAACUGACUGCUAACCUGGAAGAGAGGCUGUACACAGGCCUGCGCAGGACCAAGGACACGGCCACCGAGUGUGUGACAGUGACAGCCACACACGCCUCUCCAGACCACAGCCCAGUGUAGCAGGGCUCCAGUCGUCCUCCUCGUCAUCCUCACACCUGCUGAUACACAUUUUUCCUUUCCGUUUGAUUUAAAUGUCUCUCUGUAUACAGCUUGAAUGAUGUGACCCAGACCCAUUAACACACAAUGAAAAUGUGCUUUAUAUUAAUCCAUGAUUGAACACAUCCUCCCAGAACAUCCUGGGUACAGCUGAUCUCUAGACAUGCAGCUUAGUCUCUCUUUAUGCCUGUGUUCAUUACAAAGCUGUUCAGUUUAUAUUCAACUCAUAAUAAUAACAGAGCUAACAUAUCAAAAAUCAUUUGGUUAAGAAUUGUCUCCUCACGUCUGUUUCCGUCUCUACUGCUGUCAGUCCUGUCUCUGCUCUCCAGUAUAAAUACAUGAAUCUGAGGGCCGGUAUGGCCUCUGUACUUGUUGAUCCACUGUGAAACCAGGUGCUAUUAGACAUGUAGAAAGCUACAGAUCUGGACUCAUGCAUUAGUGGAAAAUAAGUAGCCACUGUUACCAUUCAGCAGCUAAAAGAAUCAUCUAGAAUACCAUGAUUGAUCUAUCAAAGCUAGUUGUUCACACUGGAGAUUAGUCGUUCCCAACUGAUUUGGGUCCAAAGAGAAGUCUGAGGUGAUUAAAGUAAUUGCAGAUUCCAUUUCUAGACUAACGUUUGCUAAUGUUGCUCUUGAGAAAGUGCAUAAAGUCUCAUCCUUUGGACCGUCGAAGAAAAUCCAACACAAGUCCUUCACUAAGAGAUCAUCAGUCUAGCAGCAUUACACAACACAAACAAAUUGACCGUACGCUGUUUAGACAACCGAGAGAGACGUGGGAAGGUCUCGUUUUUCACGUCACGUUACAAUCCGCUCACGUUUGGCGAAUAAAAAUGUGAUGUACACACGCACACUGCUGCAAAUUAUUACAUAGAACCCCUUUAAUUAAACGUUAGUCAAGUUAUUUCAAUUUUAAUCAAACAUGAAAUGUUUUGUAAGCCAUUUAUUAAAGUGUAAAAAUUUAACUUAUUUUUUUAAUAAACUUUACAAUUGCUUAAUAAAUGGUUUAUAAAUAAUUUCAUUAUUCAUUAACACUCAAAUAAUUAUGAAUCAAGUUUAUUUAAGUAUAAAUGUGCCAUUCAUUAUUGAAGAUUAUUACAAAGAGUUACCUUGAAUUUAUUAACAUUGUUUUUUUUGUUAUCAACAAAAAACAAAGUUAUGAUAGCGAUCGGGAGGAGUGUUCAACGGUUUUCACAUCGACUGAUGAAAUAUGUCAAUAGUUGUAUUACAAAAACCUGCACAGCUAUGUCAACCUCGUUCAAUGGAUGUAGCGAGAUAGCUAGCUGUGCACAAGGAAGACGUCCCUAUUCUUCAUCUCGCCUACAAACAGCUGUCAAGUCACUGACAAGUAGACAUUGCUUUGUUUUGAAGGGGACACGAGCCAAAAAUGUUUUGAACCACUAGUUGAGAUAGACAGUUAGCAAAGUUACUUCUAUAAGUGUUCUGUUGGUUCUCCUCAUCGAGGAUUGUCCUACUGGCCGCGAUACUUUCCGUUUUGACUGAAAAUGCUUCUGACAACUGUGUUUUUUAUUUAUUUAUUAGUUGUUUUUUGUAUUUUUGUACAUCCGUGUUGCUUAAAUGACAAUGAAGACUGACAGUGUGGUCGGUUUGAAGAUGACGGGUUCUGCAUCAGGAGACAGAACGAACAACCCAGAGAGCCACUAUCACUCUGGUACUGUCAGUCACAGAUCGGACAGAAUUUAUAACUCUCUAAGUUUGUCUGGGCAUCACUGACGUGACCGCUGUCAGACUCUGUCUUGUGCAAGGGUUUAUCAGACGAAAGAUUUUAGACAAGAUGGCUGCCCUCACAGAGGAUAAAAAGGCACACUUUCCUGUGCAGAGGGCUCACAGAGCGGGCUUUAUUUGUGCACAUCUGACAUUCUUGCUUUCCCCUCCUCUUCCUCUUCGUCUCCUGAGAGAGUCGACAGCAGAGUUGAUGUCUCCCUCGGGGGAGACAAGAACUUCCCCUCCCCUCCCCAGCUUAUAUAAAACCAGAAGAUAAAAAAAAUAGUUGAAUCGUUAAAUCCACUCUAUUUUACACUCUCAUUUGGUUAAAACAAACCGGUCCUACCAUUCAAAUGAAAGUCACGACCAGAAUUGUGUUGAAAAUCCUUUCUGUUGCUCACAGACAUGCGGUUUGACAUCCUGAGCAGCAGCAGCAGGUUGUAACCCAGUUUCUCUCAUAAAAUCUUAUCCUCAGAGGGGCUGUUGGGCUUUCCGUCUCUCCCACGUGCAGAGAGGGGAGCCACUGCGGAAGAGUGUGCUGAAUAUUAAUCAUAACAAGAGAAGGAUUCCCCGCCUUUAAUCCCCCCCGUCUCCCUUUGCUCACUCUCUGAUGCCGUUACCAUGCGGUUAAUUGAAGCGACUCUAUAGAAAAAUCGGGAGGAAAAAAAGCACAUUAUCCCCAUCUCUUUGUCUGGGUGUGAUGAUGAUGCUGCUCCUUUUCCAGCCUGCCCAGAUUACAUCUCGCGUGACAGCAGUCCUCUUUUGAGGCUAAGUGGAUUGUGAGGCAGGAGCUGCGUUCCUCAUUAGGCGAGCGGUGACUGAGAUGAAAGGAGGUGAGGGCAAAAAAAAGGAGUAGAGAGGAAAGCGGUUUGUUUAUUUAUUUAUUUAUUUAUUUUGCUCUCUCCUCUUUCAACUAAUUGAACCACUAUGUCACGAUGAAUAAACACAAUGUGCAGAAAGGAAAUGAAAAUCCCCCUCUUAGUUACGUUGGAACCGAUGCGCCGAGGAUGCUAGUAAUUCUGACGGAAAAGGGGGAAGAUCUGGUGCGCAGAUCAGAAGCCGAAAUUUCACGGAGCUGAGUCAACAGUGCAGCAAAAUUUAAAGAAAAAAUGGCCAUAUGGGUUAAUUUCUAAUCCGUCCAUUUGUACAAAGAUGAAACUUUGCUGUGUAUACAAGCACAAUGUCACAAGAGCUAUAGACUAAAUCGAUUUACCUGUGCUAGGUUUAGACAGACACUGUAUUACUGGGGACACUGUGUGUUUGUUUACUAACCAGUAGCCUGUCAAAUGCAUUGAUGCAUAGCUGUGUGUAGACCUGCAUGAGAGUUAACAUUUUAGUAUUAAAUCUUCAUGUUUUCUCAGACUGACGCUUCGAAAAAUGAUCAUAGUUGAUGCUCAUUCGGCAGAAGUCGAACCAUUGGUAUGACUAGAGAUUUUGUACUUUAUGGAAUCUACUUUUCACGAGUCAUGCUAGGAUGCCGUAACUGAUGACAUUUUGUGAGAUUUUAUCUCUUUGAAAGUAAAAGUAUUUAUGUAUUCCUUGCUUGUUAGUAAACCGCUUAAUUUUCUCGAAGAAGAAAAAAAAAAAAGACAAGCUUUCUUAACAACUUUGCUUUCGUUGAUCCAAAUCUGUUGAGCCUUGAGGGACCAAACCGUUGGAAAAAAAAAAAAAAAGAAGUGUUAUUUUAGGGUUGUUUUCCAAUCUGUGAAUAAAUGAAUGAAGCAAAA